GGGCGGGCGCGCGGGGCGGCCGGCAGCGCGCACACGCGGAGCCCCGACGGGACGGCAGCUGCGGGUGCGCGCGGGCAGCUCGGGCGCGGAGGGGCGCGGGAUUUUCUCUGCCCCCCACCCCCUUGUUUGUUUUUCUCUUUUCUUUUCUUUUUCCUUUUUUUUUCUUUUUCCUCUUUUUUUUUUCCCUUCCCUCCCAGGACUGGAAGCGGGAGCCGCGUCCCUGCAACUGCUAUGCCAACUGAACUCUCCCGGGCCGUGAGAAUGCACGCCAUCUCCGACCUCCACUCCUCCCUCACCCUGCGACUCCUCAACAAGGGGCCCGAGUACCUCCGCAGGCAGAUGGAGGCCGGCAGCCCGGGCAGGAAAAGUGCCGUGGAGAGGCUGGCAGCCGAUAAGGCCAAGUACGUAAAAAGCCAGCAGGUAAUCAGCACCAAGCAGGAACCUGUCAUCGUGCUUAGCUCAGCCUCAGAGAGCAGCUGCGAGACCUGCUCUGUGGAGAGCAAAAAAAUCAGCAGGGACUUGGGCAGAGGGAAGGGGACGAAGCCCCUGGAGCUGGCCAAGGCCGUGUACUCCUGCCGUGCCCCCCUGCAGCACGGCCCCCCCAUAGCCAGGCGCAGCACGCCCAGGAGGCAGAUGCGGCCGGAUUCCCUGGUGAUUUACCGCCAGAAAUGUGAGUUUGGGAGAGGUCAAAGUCAGGACAGCUCACGGGGGAACUUGGUAAGGAGGAUCUUCCAAGGGUCUGUAAAGGAGAAGCAUUUGGCUUCCCCUGAGAUGCCCAGAGUCAUGGAGGACACCGCACCCACCGAGAGCAAAGAGCCUCUCUCAGCAAAAGACAGUGACCGUGAGCCGAGCAACUGUGGAGCGGAGCAAACCAUCUCUGUGAGCACUGAAGCCCAAGGGGUAUGUACAAAAGAGCAUGAGAGACCCUCAAAACUGAGUAUACCUCCUGAGGAGGCGAAGGAGGUGAAAAGGAGAGGUCUCCAUCGCUCCCAGUCGGACAUCAGCUCUCGCUACUCCAAGUCCUUCUCCGAGUUUGAUACAUUUUUCAAGUACUGUGGCCUCAAGCAGGAGGUCAUCGAGGAUCUUGGGAGAGAGAACUUCUCUGUGGUAUCCGACAACGUCUCCUUCAAGAUCCGCAGCAUCAGCGUGGCCACAUCCGAGAGCGACUUCACGAGGCACAGCGGGGAUGAGGGGCUGCUGGAGGAUGAACUCACGGAGCAGGUCCCGAGCAGCACCUCUGUGAUCGAGCGCAACGCUCGGAUAAUCAAGUGGCUGUACACAUGCAAGAAAGCCAGAGAGACCAACAAGGUGAUCCAGGAACUGGUAUGAUGGCUUCUCUCGCGUGCAUUGCAGCCCGGCGAUCUCAAGAAUCCUCGACUUACAAGUUCAACAAAACCAGACACAGGAAGAAACUCUUCCAUCAUCUGGCUCACGACUACUUUGUCCAAGUUUAAUAUUUUAUUGUUGCCUCCUACCCUUGUCCCUGUCCCCUGGGAGCCUCACUCUUGUCACAAGUGCAGGGAUGUCCAAGAGCAUGGUAACAAGUGGAGGUUGUGAACUGUGCCCCAGCGAGGCAGCGGGAAACGAAAGCUCCUGGAAAAGCGAAGCGUGGCAGCAGCUGCCAUCCAUGAUAUUAUUCAGCAUCAACUGACUGCCCCAGGAUGCCAAGCCAGGCCGUGACAGAAGGUCUGUGUUGUGCACUUGUCUCUUUCCAGCAAUGAAUUUGUCGACAGGGGUGGAGGGAGAAAGUGGGAAUGAAGUGGCAAUGACCUCUGGGUCAGGCGUUGCCUUGCAGUCAGGGAGGCUCCACCCGGACUUUCAAAGGCUCUGUCUUACCAGGGCUGUUUGACCAGGGCUCAUCCUGACAUCAUUAGAUGGUAUUUGCUUGGCUGGUGAGGACUAACUGUGGCAGCUUUAUCUGGGAUACUUGGCAAACACAUGGUGAGUUAAAUUCCUGCCAAGCCUCUCUUUCUCUGAGGGUAUUCAGGCCAAAUUGCAAUACCUUGUAUCCAUCUAGUUUGUUCUGUCACACAGUUUGCUCAGCCAGUGGGGAGGAAUAGCCUUUAAAACCCUGCCCAAAAUAUUUUCAGGAGCAUGGUUCCAAGAAACAAGUAGUCAAAAAUGAGGGAGGGUUUUACAUUGAUACUGCCUUGCUGCAGAAUGGUACAAUUCACAUGUACCUCACAGGCUCCUCCACUUUGUUUGCAGUACAUCUCUGACUCUGACAUUGCAAACACUGCAAGGUUUGGCAGCCUGUGGUUUAACACCUUUAAUUUUAUGCACUGUGAGUGAGCAGUGGGCUUACAGAAUCUCAUGAGGAAGCUGCAUGCCAGGCUAUGUGAGGCCACACUUUCCUAGCGUGGGUCUGGAGUAGGGCCCUGCUUGGGAUGUGCAGGAUGGCAUCCCUGCACUGCAAGGCAAGAAGGCACAUUAGGGCGCAGCUGUGCCAGGUAAAUGUCCUGAUGGGGUGAGAUACCCAGUGUAGACAGCACCAUACUCAGUAUCAUCAAUAAAAUGCUUCAUUUGGGCUAGCCAAGCUAUAUGGGUUUUAAAAGCUGAUAAAAAGUACUUUGUAUCAUCAUUGUGGUGAAUGAAUCCUCUACAAUAACGGACGGAAUUUGCUGGCUGUGCCUCAAACACUUAUCCCAAUCUGUCAUUGCUCACUAGAAAAUGUCUUGCUCCAAAGUGUUUCUUUGUGGACAUUGGAAACCACAAAAAAAUGCAAAAAAAACCCCAACAAACCACCAAUCAUAGCCAAAGCCAGUUCCCCUUUCAGUGACACUAGUGCCCAUCUGUGCGGGCUGCCUUGCUGCUGCCACAGCGACUUGACUGAGGGUCCUGUGGAGGUUAGAAGUUUGUUUUGUUGCCAGGGAUGUGGUGUCCUGGUGUGCAGCUUAUCUGCCCGCCAGACCUGCAGCGGGAGGACUCCAGGAGCACCAGCCUCGUUCUCCGCGUUCCUCCUGCCUGCACCACCGCAGCUGCCGCCGCUGCCUCUCCUGGCCCAGAACAGCUGCUGGCACAGCCGGGUGGAUGCCGAGCUCAAGUGAGCACUCGAGCUGCGUUUCUCAAGUGUUUGCUACUCAGUAAAUGCAUCUGGAGGAGUGGAAAGGGCGAGGGUUAGUGUCGAGGAUUCAAUAAAACGUUGGUAGGAGGAGAGGUCACCUAUUUUAACAUACGCCAAUGCUGUGCACUGGAAGAGUUGCCCUGGAAAUGCUCAGCAAGCGGUUUAGUUGACAUCAGCUAAAUUCACAACAUCGUCAUGUUUGUAUUUCCAUAUGUUUUAAAUGUGCUUAACAGUCCCUGGAUGGUUAGUUCUCAAUUACAGCAACAGUUUGGGAAUGCAGGGCAUUUGUCAUAAUUUUCUAAUGUUAUGUACUAAGGCCUACAUGUCUGAUGUUGUUGAAAUAGGUAGAUAACAAUUCCAGAUAAAAUAAUUGUUGAACAUGCUUUCCACUUGGGAGAAAACUGAAUAGUUUGCAUGAGUGAACUUCUGCAGACUUAGAGGGAAGGUAGUACAUGGGCAUAUUUUCAUCAAAUAAUGAAAUUUCCGUGUGUAUUUGUUACAUUAUUAUUAUUAUUAUUGUUAAUAAUGGAUGAUUCUCAGAAAACCCCAACCCAAGAUGCUGCUAAUACGAUAAGAUUUAUGUGCUUAAUGUGCAGGUUUUUAAGGGACACAGUCUAGGUUUAUUAGUCAGGAAUGCAACCUGACAUAUCUGUUCUUUUCAUGCUCACUUUGCAAGGUGCUGUACUGCAUAAAUAUUUAUAUGCAUUUGUCAGAGCUAAGGACUGCUUUUCUUUGAAAAUAUGGAUGGAUGACUGUAGACAGCUCAGAGUGUAGGAAAAUUCUUUUGCAUUACAAAUUAGUGCCCUGCCACAGGAGAAUUAUUUUGUUUUGUUUCCAAGGAAAUUUUUUGUUUCAUUUUCAAGCUUCUGUUUGUUUUUGUUGUUUUAGUUGAGCAGCUCUCAAAAGGUAAGAUGAAAGAUGCGUUGGUCGUGAGUUUUCGACGCUAGGAACUAAUAUGUUUAAUUUACUUGGAAGUACUGAACCUCAAAAUCAAUGAAGGUUUUAUGACAGAGGUUAGUGAAAUCAGAACUGGUGCCAUCCUAAAUAUUUUUUUAAUCCCCCUUUUUGUCUUUGGAGCAGUUCAGUGGAGUUGUGGUGACUUUCCACGCUGAUAUGUGGCAGGCAAAAUUUCCCUGGUUUUGUUCAAACUCUGAUAGGAACGCCAGUCUCUCCCAGGUAUCAUUUACUUCAGAGAUUAUGUGGAGCUACCUAAGAUCUCUCCCUGAUAAACUAUAGAUUCCCUUUAUUUAAUAAUACCUUCAGGGUAAGCUAAUAACCUGCCUUUCCCAGUGUGCCAGAACAAUGGCAAUGCUUCUUUCUCUAUACAUCUUGGGAAUGGGUAAUUCAGUAUUUUUUCCAAAGAGUAGGAGCUCCUGGCUUAGUUCAGCUCCUGUUACUGUUACAUGUAAAGGUUUUUCCUUCCUUUUGCUGGGUCUUUCAAUCAUAUCCCUCAAAAUGAGAAGAACUUGCUAAUGUUAGUCACUACUUAUCUCUUUGUCCAAAAUUUUGAUUAUAAACCACAAGGUUUGGAAGGGGUAGGAUUUUUCAACUUCAGUGAUAAACCACAGUAAAAUGGGCCUUGCAGCAUGAACAGAAGUUUUAGCAACUGAACUGGGUUUCCAGUCUUUUGAGUAACCUAAAACUGGAGCUGAGGACAAAGGCAAGUCAUAAAUUGAACUGUUUUGUUUGACUAGAACUAUGUAAACUAAAAUAGAGUGCAAGCAGGCAGUGCCACUGCUCUUUAUACCCAAGGGUUUCCAGGUGCUUCAAUGCUCUGACAAGGGGCAAUGUCCAUGGCUGUAGUAUAACAGGUGAGAGGUACAAAGUCUGUUUUUUAUGGCCUGCAAGCAACCAUUUGCAAUAAGGGUAUGAGAUAGAGACUGUAAUCCUUGCAAUAUAUUGUAAAUAUUACUGUACAUAAAUCUAUAAGUAAGAAAUACAGAUUGUUCUAUAAUACAUAUAUAUUACUUUUCUAAGGGAUGUAAGCCCUUGUGUUUUGUGAAAUCAACCAAACAUUAUAUGUGUGGCUGUUAAGCAGAAACUUUCUCCCAGGAGCAGGUUGUCCUGUCAUUGCCUCCUGUGAAGUUUCUUGCAUCUGCCUUUGCAUCCUUUGAAAUGGAGUACUGGUCAGAUCUGGUAUGGACGUUUUUAUGUUGCUAUGUUUGUAUAACUAUAAAAUAAUCUUUGUACUAUUGAAUGCAUACAAAUAAAAAUACUGCUCUGACAA